AUUGACAUAAAAGUCGAAAUUGCUAGUGUUAUAUGUCAUGACCACUACUAGGGUUCAAAUCCCGAUCAGUCCACUUUAUGUGCGUAAGUUCUCAAUAACUUUGUGAUUUCGUCUAAAAAAAAUUAUUGGCAAAAAAAAAUGGGGAGGUUGCGAGGCUUCCGAGGUACGUAAGCGAAAAACAAGAAUUGACACUUUGGGAAUUCACUAACUUCCACACUCCACACCCAAUAUAAAACGAUACUCCCGCGAAUUUGGUAAUUAGGGUUUUCAAUUCCCGCUAACUCACUCUCUCUCUCUCUCUCUCUCUCUCUACACUGUGACUGUGCAAUGGCGAUGGUGGUGGAGGAGGAGAAAGCCCGUGGAAACGGAGGAACCCCUAGAUCCAACGGCAAUUCUCCCAAUAAGCAACAGCAGCAGAACCCAUCAUCCAAUUUAGGAGCCAAAGAUCGAAUUGUCUCUGUUGCUUCCAAUUUCGCUUCUCAACCUCUUCACAAUUCUGAUCCUAACGUUUGGGGUGUUCUCACCGCCAUUUCCAAUAAUGCCCGCAAAAGGCAUCAGGGAAUUAAUAUCUUACUAACUGCUGAUGAACAUCGCAUUGGACGAUUGGUUGAGGAUGUACGUUUCCAGAUUGAUUCGAAUUCCGUUAGUGCAAAUCAUUGCAGAAUAUACAGGACAAAGAUUACUAAUGAAAAUAUGGAGGAUACCACAUCAAUAUUCUUGAAAGAUACUAGCACAAAUGGAACUUACCUUAAUUGGGAGAAGUUGAAAAAGAAAGGUGCUGCUGUCAAAGUCUGCCAUGGUGACAUUAUAGCAUUUGCUGCUCCUCCUCAGCAUGAAAAUGCAUUUGCUUUUGUAUAUCGAGAGGUGCAUUUUUCAAAUCCAGUGCCAGAGAAUGCUGUUGCUAAACGAAAAGCAGAGGAUUUUGUGUCUGAAAACAAGAGAUUGAAAGGUUUGGGCAUUGGCGCUCCCGAGGGUCCUAUAUCUCUUGAUGAUUUUCGAAGCCUUCAAAGAUCUAACUCGGAAUUGAGAAAGCAAUUGGAGAAUCAGGUCGUUACAAUUGAUACAUUGCGUAGUGACAACCGUGCAGCUAUUGAGCGCCAUGAAAGUGAAUUAAAAUCUGCCAAAGAGUCUGUCACAAAAUGUUAUCUUGAUCAAGUAAAAGACUUGCAGCAAAUGGUUGAACUCAAACAAAAAGAACUAGGAGAUGUCAACAGAGCAUUCGCUGAACAAAAACAUACCCUGGAAGACCUUAAUGAAAGACUUAGUUCUUCUAUGCAGUCGUGUUCCGAAUCAAAUGAACUUAUAAGUAGUCAAAAGGUAAGUAUAGCUGAACUCAAGGAACAAUUAGAUGAAGAGCGGACUCAAAGAAAAAAAGAACGAGAAAAGGCUGCAGUUGAUCUAAAAGCUGCUGUUCGUAGAGCACAGUCUGAGGCUCAAGAGGAAAUAAAACGAGUCUCAGAUGCUGCCUUAAGAAGAGAAAGUGAGCUACAAGAAGCAAUAAAUAAGCUAAAGGAGUCAGAGAGAGAAAUGUGUUUGCUGGUUGAAACCUUGAGGUCCAAGCUGGAGGAUACAAGGCAAAAGUUGGUUGUCUCUGAUAAUAAGGUUCGCCAGUUGGAGACCCAAGUAGAUCUAGAGAAGCUGGCCGCUGAAAAUGGAAUGAAGAAAGUAGAAGAACUUGAACAAGAAACAAGAAGAUUAAGAAAAGAGCUUGAGAGCGAAAAGCAGGCAGCUCGUGAAGAAGCAUGGGCUAAAGUUUCAGUUCUUGAGCUUGAGAUAGAUGCUACAAUGCGAGAUCUAGAUUUUGAGAGGCGGAGGUUAAAAGGUGCCAGGGAAAGACUCAUGCUUCGGGAAACACAGCUGCGGUCAUUUUAUUCCACUACCGAGGAGAUACAAUCAUUGUUUGCCAAGCAACAGGAACAAUUGAAAGCUAUGCAAAGAACUCUAGAAGAUGAUGAAAAUUACGAUAAUACUUCUGCAGAUAUGGAUGGAGUCGUAGGUGGAACGUCAGGAAGAGAAAAAGGUGGUGCCGUACACCACAGUAACAAUGCUGCCAAAGCAGGAUCUACCACUUCUGCCCAGAAGCUUACCAGAGAACAAGUUGAAACAUCGAGUAACGAAGCAAGUGUCACUGAGAAGCAUGACUGUGAUAUAAGAAGUGAAGGAUGCCAAAAUACACAAGAGGCAUGCCAAAAUACACAAGAGGCAGAAUUCACCAGUGCUGAUAAUGACCACGGUGUUAGAGGUUGCAUUGGUUCUGAUGUUGAUGGUGUUGGCACAACAGUUAUGAUGGAAGGAGAUGCUAUAGGAACAGAACGAGUUCUGGAAACUGAAAGUCCAUCAAAUAUUGGUGAACGGAAUUUUGAUUUGAACAAGGAGAGUCCUUUAGAAGGGGAUACUAUGAAGAUUGAUGACGAUAUGGAAACAGAGAAGCAUGAUCAUCAGACACCUUGUCGUGAACAUUCACAACACUCGCAAUCAAAUAUUCAUGUAGAUACUGAAAAAACUAUUGAGGGUACAGAAGCUGGAUGCCUCCUAAUCAGAACCGAAGACCUUAUAACUUCAGAAGUCCCUGGUAGCUGGGCUUGCAAUACUGCCCCUUCUGCACACGGGGAAAAUGAAUCUUCAAGAAGCCGAGACAAUAAUGAAAGUUCAGGGGCAUUGCUUGAUUCAAAUAUUGUGGUGGCGGAGAGUCCAAGCACUCCUUCUGAUGCUGCCGCUGCUGCCAGAAAGAAUGAACGUCGAGCACUAAGUGAAAUGAUUGGUAUUGUUGCUCCUGAUUUGAAAGAGCAGUUUGAAGGCGCUGCUUAUGAUUGUGGCCGAAAGGGAGAAGACCAUGGUGGUUCAUCGGAUUCGGAUACUGAGAGUUGUAGUGACACUGGUGAUGGUGAUAGAGCUAAUGCAAAGUGUGAAUCAAUAUCCGAUGAAGAAACUCAGGGCGUCGACCAUGUUGAGGAGGAUCAAAAGCAGGAUGAUUCCAUGGACGAGGAUGAUGAAGCCACUCAAGAAGAUUGAUUUUCUUGGAUAAUAAGGGGCUCUAAAAGGAUAUUUGGGUAUGUAAGUUUUUUUUUUGACUAAUGGGUAUUAAGUUGUAGAUACCGAUGGAUUCCCUCUGUAUUUUUACUGAUUUGUCUCUUUCUUUUCUCACCCUCUGUAAUAAUAUUUAGGGCCGGUUAUUGUAAUUAUUUUUAUUGUUCAAGUGGGGUUUUUAGCCAUUAUUUUCAUCAAAUGCAAAUAAUGAGUGAAUUGCUUGAAUUUGAAUCUGAGAAUCCAGCCUUGUCGGUGUUAUAACUCGAGGAAUUUUUCUCCUA